UGUUAAUCGAAACGAUAUGGUGAGUGAUAGUGCGACUCAUUGCAGCUGCUGAUAAUGCUGUUACUAACAUUGUGCGUCUUUUUUGUGCUUUAGCUGCCAAUAUACCUUGUGACACAUGCAAAGGGACAACCACUUCUUGUGGAGCUCAAAUCCGGCGAAACAGUUAACGGCAUCCUGAUCGAGGCUGAUAGUUGGAUGAACGUGACUUUGAAAGAUGCCAUCGAGACGAGUGCCGAUGGUGAAACGUUCACCAAGCUGAGUGAGAUCCUUGUUAAGGGUAAAGAUAUCAAAUACCUUAGAUUGCCACAAGAAUUGAUUCCUCAGGUGAAGGCAAUGAACAGCAGAAACCAACAGCAGAGAAACAGAUCAAAUAACGAGAACAAUGAUAGAAGGGGCAACUACAGCGGUAAUAGACACAACAAAAGCAAUUACAACAGACAACAGGGCGGUUAUAAUCAAGGCCGUGGAGGACGCCAUAACAAUAACCACAACAAUAACCAUAACAACAACAGCCAUAACCACCAGAACCGCUCCCAAAGUUAGACGCUC